UAUUAUAGGUGGCUAAUAUUCCUGUUCAGUUUCAGUAAUUUUGAUAAAAUUUAGUCUAGGCGAUUAUUUUGUUUUUCUAAAUUAUUAGCCACUUUAAUAAAUCAUAAAGUAUUAAUUUAAAUAUAUUUUUAGUUUAAUAUAGUAAUUCGUGUUUCCCAGUUCUUUGUCUUAAGAUUUUUUAAAAAUGUUGCACUUUAAAACUAUUCCUGAAGAUUAUGUGAGGAAGACUGUGCAAUGUGCACAGGUGGCGCUGUCGUGCACCCGUGCAUCGCAUCAGACAGCUGUGCGAGGAGCAAACAAGCCUGCUCCACAACUCGCUGCUUUGACACCCAAGGCUCGUUCGUUUGUCGAGCGUAGUGCGGCCCUCUGUCAGCCUGACCAUGUCCACGUGUGUGACGGCUCCGAGGGUGAAGCCUCCGCCUUGUUGCACCUAAUGCAGCAACAGGGCACUCUGAAACCGCUGACUAAAUAUGAGAACUGUUGGUUGGCUCGCACGGAUCCCGCUGAUGUAGCCCGCGUGGAGUCUCGUACUUUCAUCUGUUCUGAGAAGGAGAGAGAUGUGAUCCCGGCAGCUAGACUAGGACAGAAAUCAGCACUAGGCAACUACAUAGCGCCCCCUGAUUACGAGAAAGUGGUCGCUGACAGAUUCCCAGGAUGCAUGCGAGGUCGCACGAUGUAUGUGAUUCCGUUCUCGAUGGGUCCCGUUGGAUCCCCGCUGUCGAAGAUCGGUAUCGAGAUCACAGACUCGCCGUAUGUCGUAUACUCCAUGCGAGUGAUGACCAGAAUCGGUAGCAAAGUGUUGGAAGCUCUUCGUCAAGACGAAACGUUUGUCCGUUGCCUGCACUCUGUAGGAACUGGCGGUGUGCCCGGAUGGCCAUGUGAUCCUCAACGCACAGUGAUCCUGCAUAGACCCGUGGACAACGAGAUCAUUAGCUAUGGCAGUGGAUAUGGAGGCAACAGUCUGCUGGGGAAGAAAUGCUUUGCUCUCCGCUUGGGGUCAGUUUUGGCACGCCGCGAGGGAUGGCUGGCCGAGCAUAUGUUGAUCCUGGGAAUCACUGAUCCUAAAGGCCGUAAACGCUACAUCGCCGCUGCAUUCCCAUCGGCUUGCGGAAAGACAAACUUAGCCAUGAUGACACCCUCAUUACCAGGAUAUAAAGUGGAAUGUGUUGGCGACGAUAUUGCCUGGAUGAAGUUUGACAGCAACGGUGUACUGAGAGCUAUCAACCCGGAGAACGGGUUCUUUGGUGUAGCACCAGGCACAUCAGCAGAUACCAACCCCAUCGCAAUGGCAACAGUAUUCAAAAACACUGUCUUUACAAACGUAGCAGAGACGCAAGACGGCGGAGUAUGGUGGGAAGGCAUGGGAUCCGCUCCCGAAAACCUUACUGAUUGGAAGGGUCAACCAUGGAAUGCUAACAAAAAUACACCGGCAGCACAUCCCAACUCAAGAUUUUGCACACCUGCGGGCCAGUGCCCGAUAAUAGAUGGAGACUGGGAGAGUGCGGAAGGUGUUCCGAUAUCGGCAAUCUUAUUGGGUGGUCGUCGGCCAGCUGGAGUGCCCUUAAUUGUUGAAGCACGCGACUGGAAACAUGGAGUUUUCAUGGGAGCUUCUAUGAGAUCUGAAGCUACUGCAGCUGCUGAACACAGCGGAAAGGUUGUGAUGCAUGACCCAUUUGCCAUGCGCCCGUUCUUCGGAUACAACUUUGGUGACUACUUAAAACACUGGUUGUCGAUGCCUCAGCCGAAGAGACAAAUGCCAAAGAUCUUCCAUGUCAAUUGGUUCCGUAAGAGUGAUGAGGGCAAAUUCCUUUGGCCCGGUUUUGGAGAAAAUUCACGAGUUCUGGAGUGGGUGCUGCGUCGUUGCGACGGUGAAACUUGCCACCAGGAAACACCACUAGGUUUUAUACCAAAAGAUGGUGAAUUGAAUAUUAAAGGUCUCGGAGAUAUUGAUAUGAAGCAAUUGUUCAGCAUUCCACAAGAUUUCUGGUUGAAAGAGGCGGAUGCUAUCGAAAAAUACUUCAAGGAAGAAGUUGGCGAGGAUUUACCGAAAGAAAUGUGGGACGAGCUGGAGAUACUAAGAAAAAAUGUCAAGCACUCAUAAACAACAAACCAAAGAUUAAUGUAUACUUAAACUCAAAAUUUUAGUUAAUUUUACAUUCUAGACGUUAAAUAAAUAAUAAUAAAGAUUAUAUAAUUAACUGGAUAAAUAAAAUCUAAAAUUUCUUGAAUGCUAAGCCUAAGUCUUCUUGUCGAUAAGAUAUUCAUUAAAAUAUUUCAAUAUUUUAAAUAUUGGCGUCAUGAUUUACGACACAUGUAUUAGCAGAAUAUAAUAUGGCUGUGUUAAUUAGAUUAUAUAAAUGUAUAUACAGAUUUUAAUGCUAAUUUAAUUAAGAAUAAAAAAUAACUGAACAAAAUGUUUUUAUUUAACUUUUAGUAGAGCUUUGUCCAUUUACUUCAUGUGCUUUGCAGAAAAAACUCUAACACCAUCUUGUGUUGAAGCACGAGCAUACUUCGUUAAAAUUGCAUUAACGCUUAGUUUCUCUGUUGCGUAACACCUGUCAAAAAAUAUCAGCUGCAAUAAUUCUUGACAAACUAAAUAAAUUAUUAUAAUUUGAUUUACAAUUACAAAUAUUAUUGCUAUAAUUAUGUAUGGGUAUAAAUCUUACUGUAUAUAAGGUGAAAUUUCUUGAACUGUCCAUUUUGCCUUUCUUUGAAAUAAGACUUUGAAUCUUUCGUUAAUAUCUUCUGGUAGAUCUGAUUCAGCUAAAGCCCAAAUCACAUUCGGUGUGUUUGAUUUAUCAAUCAGGGCCACCCCAGAAAGUAAAG